GCAUCGCUGAUUUUAGCGAUCCGUCACCGGUGACACUGACAUUUCCAGAAACUUCAUCAGCUGUUCAAAAAAUUAUCGUGUUUUUGAAAAAAAAGCAUCCAAUGGACUGGUUUGACAAGUUUAAACGUUUUCUGGGCGUCCCUCCGCGCCAAGAAAUCCCCCCAUACAACGAUCAAGACAGGCCUUCCGUUCCUUCUCCGUACAGUCGAGACGACGAGUUUCCCUCGCCGUUCCACGGUACCCCGAACCAAAGUUUCAGCAUCUUCACCAACCCCUUAGAAAUCCACAAAUACUUUGAACAGCAAAUGAGCGAAAUGUUGCGUAGUUUCGGUUUCCAGGAAUUUCCCCAAAUAGAAAUAUUUACUGAAGGUUUUGACGGGCCCGUGAUUGAGGAAAUUCCUGAUGACGACAAUGAAUCUGGGGAUUUGCGAGAACAGUUCUUGAAACCAGGUUAUGAAAAGGCUGUAACUGGGGAAUCAGAAGAAAAGCGCGAUGUGGACAUUGACGGCAAGUUGGAUAUGAGGGACUGGGGGUCCGUAUUUAGGGGCGAACGCGCAAUGACGCCAUACGAACGACCAGAGAGACCUAAGACGCAGUUCUUCGGACAGAGUGUUACCACAAAGACUGUCAGAAAUCCUGAUGGGUCUUUUGAAACUCACCACACUGUGAGGGACAGUCAAGGUAAUGAAGAGACCACGAUUAGGCGGAAAGUGGACGAUAAAGAAUACACGAUAACGAAACGUAGAGAUAAGGACGGCAAAGAAGAGACUAUUGAGAAUCUAGUGAAUUUAGAUGAGAAAGAAGUAGACAAGUUUUUCCCUAAACAGGACAUGCCUCAGUUGCACCAGCAGCCCUGGCCGUUUUUCGACCGUUUCUUCAAGUAAUCAUGUUGUAUGUAAUGUGUAAAUAAAGAAAGCUUUUCCUAUU